AUGCGAACGCCGUUGGAGGUCGUGGAGGCGAUCGAGCGGUGCGUGAGCGUGCCGGGGGGGGAGGUGCUGGACGCCGCGAGCGAGACGCUGAGGGCGAUUCGCGUCGAGCAACGGCGGAUUCGAGAGGAGUUACGAACGAUGCUGAACGCGACGAGCAAGGAGAUGGCGAGGAAGAAUUUUGCGGAGCGCGCGCAAAUCGUCACCAGACUUGGCAGACAGUGCAUACCGAUGAAACUCGGGAGCGCGGGCGAGCUCCCGGGAGUCGUGCUCGACGUCUCCGGCACCGGGAACACGGUGUUCAAAGAGCCGCAAAUCGCGGUGCCAUUGAAUAAUGCUCUGGCCACGCUUUCCGCGAGCGAAGAUGCGGAAAUAGAACGAAUUCUAGUCGAGCUCACCUCAAUCGUGCAAACGCACGCGGAUGUUCUGCUCGACGCGAACGAGGCGUUGACAGAGUUGGACGUGGCGAACGCGCGCGCCCGGCACGCGGAGUGGUUCGACGGCGCGGAGCCGACGAUCGUGGACGCCAAUCAAGGCAUGUGCGUGCGUGAGCUGCAGCAUCCGUUGUUCCGCCAUUGGAGAAGAGGAACAGAUGUGCGCGAUGUGGUCGUCCCGAUUGAUUUCAACGUCGAUUCGUCUAUCAAAUGCGUCACUAUCACCGGUCCGAAUACGGGCGGUAAAACCGCGUCGUUGAAAGCGAUCGGCGUCGCGUGUUUGAUGGCGCGCGCUGGUUUAUAUCUGCCAUGCGAAUCCGGUUGCGAGAUUCCAUUCUUUCGUCACGUCAUCGCCGAUUUAGGAGAUUCGCAAACCCUCGAGCUCGACGGCGGCUUGUCCACCUUUGGCGCGCACCUCAAAGGUCUGCAACGCAUUUUGGACGCCGCGACCGACGAUACAUUGGUCUUGCUGGACGAGCCCGGGAGCGGCACCGACCCGGCGGAGGGCGCGUCUCUCGCCGUCGCCGUCCUGAACAAACUCUCACGCACGUCUCGUUUGACGAUCGCGACGUCGCACUACGAAGAAGUCAAGGAAGCCACACUCGCAUCCGACACAGCUCAAGUCGCGGCGGUGGAGUUCGAUCUUCAGUCGCUGCAGCCGACGUAUCGGUUGCUGUGGGGCGAAACCGGCAAGAGCAACGCGUUGCACAUCGCAGCGGGGCUCGGAUUAGAACCGUGGAUACUCGCCGAGGCGCGCAUCGCGCUAGCCAAGGCGGAUGCCAACGCAGAGGUAGACGCCAGUGGCGCGAUCGCGCGGGAAAAUCGCGCGAAGUUGGCCAGCGCACUUGAUGAAGAAUGCGACGUGCAGCUCGCCCGCCGAGCCGCGGCGGCGGCGACGCUCGAAGAGACGCGCGCGCUGUUCGACGAAGUCAGGAGUAAAUCUGCGCACUUGGAUCUGAGGAAACAAAUCAUCAGGGAUGACGCCAACAAUGAGAUCGAGCGAAAGAUUGAAGAAGCUCGCGACGGGCUGUCCAGAGCGCUGCGCACGCUGAACGUCGCGACGCCGAACGCGCGC